UUUCCCCUCACCCUUUCUCUUUUCACUGUUUCCACAUCUCAUUUGUGACAAAAAUGGUAUGUCGUUUUUUUCGUCCAUCUUAUCAUAAUAAUUAAACAUGGUGUCUCGAUAAAUUUGCAAUACUAAAUUUCGAGUGAAAAUUUGAGUUAAAAAAGUUUGAUCUUCUCAAUUCUUUUGUAUAUGCCUAGUUGUUGCCUAUUGGGGGUAUAGAGACUUCAUGCCUCUGCAAGGGGCAAUGGCCAACAAGCCUAACAAGGCCUUGUAUUUUGAUUCAAGCAAUGAAUGUUUACAUUCGAUUAGAUUUAACAAUGCUUAACACAGUUCGAUUAUAUGAUGUGAAUAUAAUAUGAAUUAUCAUAUAUAUUUGAUUCUAAUAUGCAAUGAUAUAUAUAUUAUAAAUAAAAUUUUGGUUAAUGGAACAGGCGAAUGCAUCAUCUGGAAUUGCAGUGGGUGAUGAAUGCAAAAUGAAGUUUUUGGAGUUAAAAGCAAAGAGAAAUUACAGAUUCAUUGUUUUCAAAAUAGAAGAAACGAGUUACCAGGUUGUGGUUGAGAAGCUUGGUCAACCCAACGAAAAAUAUGAUGAUUUAGUUGCCAGUUUGCCCCCUAAUGAGUGUCGUUAUGCUGUUUUUGAUCUUGAUUUCACCACUAAUGAAAACUGCCAGAAGAGCAAAAUUGUCUUCAUUGCAUGGGCCCCGGAUUCAUCAAGAGUUAGGAGCAAAAUGGUAUAUGCCAGCUCCAAAGAUAGAUUCAGGAAAGAGUUGGACGGUGUUCAGGUUGAAUUGCAGGCUACUGAUCUGAGUGAAAUGAGCUACGACAUUGUCAAAGAGCGAGCUAUUAGCUAGCCAUUGGAUCAAUAAACCGAUUUUGGGGGUUUUAAUUUAUUUUUUCAAUUGCCAUAAUCAUCAAUUUAGUUAGUAGUUCAAUUGAUACAAUGAAACAUUUUGUGGAUUCAAUUUCUUUUGUUUGAGAAGAAUUUGGUUUGUUUUACAUAUAAAAAAAUGUUGAAAAAAAGUUAAAUUAUGAAUAGGGAUCACCACUUUUACAUCCCAUUAAUUUUUAACCCCUUUUAAUUACUAGGGGUGAUUUUAAGAAACUAAUCUCGUUCUUUUUUCCCCCUUCUCUUA